CUUCUUUUCCGGAUGUCUCAGAGCCGAAAGCAUAGACCCCGCAGCGGACUCCCGAGCCCCAGAGUUCAGAGCAGCAGCCCGCAGUAAAGUGAUGUGAGUUCGGCCUGCAGGAACCACAGUGUUAUCAUGGGACAGCUGUAUGGAGGACAGAGGAGCUGCUGAGACAGAGCCGGGACAGCAGUAGGAUGUCUCAAAAAUGAAUCAAGACCUGACAGAUAUGUGACUGUGAGAGGACAGAAGCAAUGGGGAUCUCCACCCUCCUGUUGGCCAGUGUGGUGUCCAGUCUUGGCGGCCUGGUCUAUGGUUAUGAGAUGGGCAUCAUCUCUGGGGCUCUGCUGCAGCUCAAGGCAGAGUUCAGCCUCUCGUGUUUCCAGCAGGAGGCCGCGGUCAGCUCCCUGUUGGUCGGAGCUCUGCUGGCCUCCAUCGUGGGCGGAAGCCUGAUCGACCACCGGGGCCGCAGGAACUCCAUCCUCCUCAGCAACGUGUUGAUCCUGGCCGGCAGCCUGGUCCUGCUCAUCAGCUCCUUCUCUGCUCUGCUGGUGGGCCGGAUGACGGUGGGCUUCGCCAUGUGCAUAUCCUCCAUGUCGUGCUGCAUCUUUGUGUCUGAGCUGGUCCCCCCAGAGCGCCGGGGAUUCCUGGUGACGCUGUAUGAAGCUGGGAUCACUGUGGGCAUCCUGGCAGCAUACACCAUGAACUACUUCCUGUCUGACUGCAACAGAGGGUGGAAGUGGAUGUUUGGAUUAGCCGUAGUACCGACUGUGAUUCAGCUCGUCUCCAUCUGCUUUCUUCCAUCCAGCACUCAGGAGUCUUUAAGCCAAAGCUCUCAAAGUGAAACAGACCUGAUGAGUUCUGAUGGCGUGGAAAACAAGAAGGUUCAGUACAGCAGCAUAUUCCUGUUCCAGCGUAAAGACAACAUGAGGAUCCGGACCGUGCUCGGCCUCGGGCUGGUGCUCUUCCAGCAGUUCACAGGCCAGCCCAAUGUUCUCUUCUACGCCUCCACCAUCUUCCACUCAGUGGGCUUUCAGAGCAACUCCUCGGCAGUGCUGGCGUCUGUGGGCCUGGGAUCGGUCAAAGUGAUCGCCACUCUGACCUCAAUGCUGUUCUCAGACAGGGUGGGCAGGAGGCCUCUGCUCAUCAGCGGAUGCUCUGUGAUGGCUCUGGGUCUGAUCACCAUCGGACUCCUCAGUGGAUAUUCAGAGAUGAAUGCUGAGAGGCCUUGUAACUCUGACAGCAUUAAUAUUAACACAACACAUCUACCUCAUUUAGCUGUUAGUAAUCAGACACUUUUUGAUAGGCCUUUAGAGGAGAGCCAAAGUCUUUUUAAUAACCACGCACAAGAUGGAGAUGAGGUUCUUGACACUCUGGCAUCUUCUCCUGGCGUCCAUGGCACCGCUGUGAACUGGAUCAUCCUCGUGUGCAUGAUGGCUGUCGUCAGUGCUUACUCCGUUGGAUUUGGACCAAUGACCUGGCUGCUCCUGAGUGAAAUAUUUCCAGCUGCCAUCAGAGGAAGAGCAUUCGCUUUCAUCAACUGCUUCAACUGGGCUGCCAACCUGUUGGUCACCUUCACGUUCCUCAAUUUUAUCGAUGUGGUGGGUCUGUCGGGGAUAUUUCUCCUGUACGGUGUGACGGCUGUGGCUGCUGCAGUUUUCCUCUACUUCAUGCUACCAGAGACCAAAGGGAAGACUCUGGAGGAGAUAGACAAGGAGCUGCGUUUGAACAAGUUUUACCACAGCGAGGAUUGCUGUAGCAUCAUCAGCCGGAGAGGCUUUUCCCGACAGUACCAGAGAGUGCACUGCCAGGUUGUCACCUCAGGGUGAUGCAUUGUAUGAUGUUGACAUACCAUGACACUUGGACUGAUGCUAGUCUCUUCUCUGCGGCAAAGCAUGUGUUGUAUCUUUGUAAAACAUGCAAACGGCUUGUUUUUGUGUGUUCAAGUGUGUUGUUCUUGAACACACAUGAUUCAGUAACUACGUCACUGUUGCAGCUUUACCAGCUGCUGUAGUUUCACAGAGCAGAACACUUUUGUAAAGGGCCUUUUUGCUUAAAAAUAAUUCAGUUUCAACAAUAAUCUGCAGAUUUGUUUACUGGCCAUCUGAUCAUUUAACACCGUGUUCCCUUUGUAAAAAUAAUUGUGACGUAACAUUGUUGACGGGAAAAAUACAAUACUUGAAAUGA